AUGUUAGGUCCAGAUUUCCAAAAAUAUUCAAAUCAAUCAAAUUAUCAUUUUGAUAGUUUUCCAUAUGAAAAUUCAUACGAAGAGGAAGAAUAUCAAGAUAAAUAUAAAGAAAUUGUGUUUAGAGAUAAAUGGGGACCAAAAUAUGCAAUUCAACAACAACAACAACAACAAGUUUAUGCACCAAAUAAAAGAAAUGUUUCAAAAAAGAUUGGGUCACCAUUAUCAUCACCAACAUUAUAUUCAUCAUCGUCAUCAUCAUCAUCAUCAUCAUCAAAUUGUAAAAAUAAUAAUAAUCAAAAUAUUAAUCAUUAUCAACAUAAAAAGAAAGAUUCAAAAAAGUUAAAAGAAAUUAUAAAGAAUUUAUUAUUACCAAAUAAAUUUAAUCCAAUGAAAAGAAUUACAUUUAUUAGUAUUUUACCAAUUGAAAUUACAAUGAAGAUCAUAUCAUAUUUACCAUUUCAAGAUGUUUUAUCAAUUCAAUAUGUUUGUUCCGAAUGGUUUUUAAUUACAUGUGAAGAGAUUUUAUGGAAAUCAAUUUAUCAAAAUUAUUUCCAGGUUUAUCCAAAUCGUGAAUUAUUAUUAAAGAAAUCCGAGAAAUCAUGUCAAUUACAUUGGAGAGAAAUUUUCAAACAACAACAUGAAAGAGAAUCAAGAUGGAAAGGUGAUAGAUUUAAAGAGGCCCAUUUGAUUGGUCACACUGGUACUGUCUGGGCAUUGCAUUUAGAUGAUGAAAGAGUUUACACUGGUUCAUUCGAUAAAACCGCUAAAGUUUGGGAUACGAAAACCAAGAAAUGUCGUUUCACUUUGGCCGGUCACUAUUAUCCAAUUCAAUGUUUGGAUGUAAACAAUAACAUUAUGGCAACUGGUAGUUUAGAUAAUUCAAUUAGAAUUUGGGAUUUGGAGAAAGGUAAAUCAAAAGGUAUACUUACAACUCGUGCUCAUAAUUUCGAUGUUUUCUGUUUACAACAAAUUGGUGACCAAAUUAUUUCCGGAAGUUCCGAUUCAACUGUUAAAGUUUGGAAUAUUGCAGAGAUAAUUAAUGAUAGCAUUGAAAUCCCCGAUACUGAAGAGGAGGAAGAGGAAGCACUUCAAGAUAAUGUUAUGAAUGAUCCAUUCGCUGUAAAUAAUUCAUUCACAAGUUUACCAGAUAUUAAUGAACCCGAUCAUGUUCAUACCAAUAUUGUAUCGGUAAAUGAUAAGACUUCAACACGUUAUAGAAACCAUAAUCUCUCAUCGACUCAUACAUUCAAGCAUCAAUCAUGUGUAACAUGUCUUCAAGUUUAUGGUAAUAUUUUAAUGAGUGGCGGUAGUGAUCGUGUUGUUAGAGUUUGGGAUUUAAAUACAUCUCAACCUAUCCAAAUACUCUCUGGUCAUAAUGAAGGUAUUAGAGCUUUACAAUUCAAUGGAAAUGUUUUAGUAACUGGUUCUGAUGAUACAACUGUUAGAGUUUGGGAUCUUCGUUCAAAGAAUUCAAAUAUUUCAACACUUCGUGGUCAUAAUGGUUCAGUACGUUGCCUUCAAUGGGAUGGCACUACCUUAAUCACUGGUUCAAAUGAUCAAUCAGUACGUUGGUGGAAUUUAAAUUAUGAUUCUGAUCAAAGUAAAGAAUUAUUCUCUUUCAAUAGUUCAAUUAGUUGUUUACAAUUUACAAAUUCAAUUUUAAUGUGUGGUUUAUCAGAUUCAAAAGUUCAAAUUAAUAAAUUUUAUUAG